AUGAAAAGUAAAGAUCUUCAAAACGUCGUACUAUCAAAGUACCAAAAAGGUGAUACUCCAACAGAAAUUUAUCAUGAUUUAAAUGGUGGUGUUGGGUUAACAACAAUAAAACGGUGGUGUCGGAUGAUUCGCCAAUGCGGAUCUAUCCAAUUACUAGGAACACGAGGUGAUUCACGUACUAUAAGAACUGAACAGAAUAUUCGAAAGGUCAAAAAUCGUUUACGCCGGACUAAAAGAGGAAUAUCAUCUCGAAUACUAUCUCGAGAUCUUGGUAUUUCUGAAACAAGUGGCAUUAAACAAAAACGAAAGUUCCCACAAAAAGUAAUGGUGUGGCUUGGCGCUUGUUCCAAAGGUAUCACACCUUUGGUAAUCUUUGAUAAAGGAACGGUUAACCAUGAGUCUUAUAUCAAAAAAGCACUUCCUGCAGCUUUGAGGAAUGGGAAUAAAGUUUUUGGUGAUAAUUGGACCUUUCAGCAGGAUGGCGCCAAGCCGCACCAACAUCAUUUAACCCAGCAAUGGUGUGAAGCAAAUUUUCCAUCAUUUAUUAACAAAGAUCGUUGGUCUGCUAAUAGUCCGGAUUUAAAUCCGUUAGACUAUUCAAUUUGGGAGGAACUGCUCAAUGCCAUGGAUUGGAGUAAAAUUCGUUCAAAAGCAACACUCAUUCAACGAUUUGAUGUGUUAUAG